ACGUCCUCCACCGUCCACCGACGAGCUACUGUUUAUCUCGUCGGUGCAUCCUCCGAUUAUUUCUAUUCUUUCUAGCUGCACUACGUUCUAUCUUUCUUGUACUAAAAACAAGUUAGACAUAUGGAUAUACUGGAGAAAAAAGGAAAACAGAGAUAAAGUGUAUAGAGAAUUUAGCUACAAAGAACAAACAUUGAUGAUCGAGGUGUUGCAUCAGUUGCAUGUCUGUUCUGAUACACACCACGAUGUGUACAGGGUGACGCAAUCUACAUUGAUCAUACCGUGACUCGCCGCCGAUUCGCCGGCGUGGAUACUUGUUAUUUGAGCACUCUAUACGUUUUUAAAUAACAUCGUGGAAUUUCAACAUGAGUAUCUCGAACUACGUUUCAUGCGUUCUGCAGCUCUGUUUCCCGUAGAUAUCUAUUUCUCGUCAUGGAUGAGCCACCGGAAAAAUUACCGUGCAAUACGCUAACGGCCAAAGAAUUGUUGUGCAACAAGGGUAUCAGCAAUUGCAUACUGCAAGAAUUGGAGAGGUCCUUGAUAACUUUACCUAAAAGUGGGAAGAAGCAUUUCGAACCCGAUAACUCUUGGCUCCAAAAUGUUCAGAUUGAGAAGGGACUCAAAAAUCGUAGAGACUUGUUAAAAAUCGAGAGAGUCGAACGUAUCUCAGAGUUAGCCAGUGCCGAGUGGCUACCAUCCCAAAAGAGAGCCAUUGUUACUAAAAGAUCUGGUCAGGAUUGGAGCAAUUUUGGUCUGGAAAAAAACGGUUCCUUAUACCUGCUACCGGAGGAAGCAUUAUUUCUCAUAGAAACGAAUUGUCUCGAACUCAUUUGGAAUGGAUUGUCAUGCUCAGUCCAGCAAGCAUACGAAAUCUUGAUCGAUAACUCGACGUGUACCCUGGAAGAAUAUAGGGUUUACAGUCAAUUGACACGGUAUGGCUACCGUAUACAGCGCUACUUCUACGAAGAGUCAGACAAAUGCAACAGAUCAGAUGAGUCUACUUCCACUAAACGGAAAAUUAUUGUUGAGCCUGAGACCGGACUGAGAAUGUCUGACAACCAACCACAGAACAAGCGGACCACAAGGACAUCAAAACUAACUUUAGCGGAGAAUGUGCCGGAGACCUCGGAUAAAUCCUCGGCCAGUCUCAAUAUAAAAGACCACGAGAAGACUGCUGUGCAAGAAUCUGUAAAACAAACGGUAUCUAAUCUAGUAGAUCAGAUGCUGUGUAACAUAGAAAGUUGCGAAAAUGACUGUGAAAAUAAACCAGACACUUCGCAAGUGGCGGAAAACAAUACGACAGAAAACGCUAGAAACGGCGAAGAGAAAGCUCGAAAUUCUAAGCCAGAAAUAAUUUCCAACGAGACUUUGUUAGGCAAUAUCAAAAUUCUCAGAGACACAUCGUGCAAAGUAUCAAAGUGGCCGGGUUCUCGCAUUCAGCGUAAUGUGAAGCAGAUGCCUAAGAGGAACGAUAAUAAGGUAUCACCUCCGGAAAUUUCUAUAAUCGAUACCGGUGUCACGGAUGAAAAUCCCAGGCAUACAGAGAAGCGGAAGGUAUUGACGCAAAUUGAUGAGUUACACGCGAAGAAGUCAAAGCACGAGGUGAUUGAGUUGUCUGAUGAUGAGAUUCAGGAAUUGCCACGUUGUAUGACAAGAAUGGAAAUGUUGAAUCUGCUGCCGAAUAUCGCCGUCCAAUCGGAAAUUAACGAGAAAAUUUCCAGGCGAUAUAUACCACACAGUAUAAGGCCCCAGAAGAGCAUAUAUCGAUACGAUCGGACGAUGCUCUUAAAUAUGCAGGAAAACGACAAACGAGCGCGACAGAAUUACAAGGAUGAUAGAACUAACGCGAGACAAAACGCGUCCCACUCUAGGAGUCCCCUUGCCAUUAGUAACAGGAGUGCUCUGUUGCAAACUCCACGCUCACCGUUGCGCAGUUCAUCGCGAUCGUUUUACGCUGUGGACCAGAUACACGGAACGAACUUCAGCUUGCCUUACGCAUACAGAUUUCCAUUCAACUAUCUCCCGGACGUUUAUAUGCAGAAUAGAGUCACGCAGAAUGUGUUUCACAAUUUAUUUGUCGCCUUCGGGAACCAUGGGAACACCGUUCAGCAAAGAAGUCUCACCAUACAGACGAACAAUUUCAUGAUGCCGAUGAUAGACGGAUACCGUACGAGAAAUUUCUUCACGGAGAAUCACCUCCGACACGGUUUCUAUCAGAAUGUUUCGUGGCAGCAAAGAUUUUGUCAGCGCAGAACGAUGGAGAACGCGUCGGUGCACGGCAGUGCGCAUCCUGCUGCGAGACGACGACACGAUGACGCCAAUAGUCUAGUCGGCCACGAGAUCAUUAAUCGACCUACCUUUACGACACGUCUAGGAGCUAGCUCGUGGACGGAAUUGAAGAGAAGAUGGUCCGAAGAGAAAACCAUCACGAUCGACGACGAGGUCGACGUUUGUAAAAAUAUGAACGAAAGUGAGGAAGAUGAAGUGCAAGUCGUGAGGCUUCUCAAUCCUUUGGUCGGUCCGAGAAACGCGUCCUCGUUGACAGAAAUCUUCAGUAAGCUCGCUAUAAUAAAAUCGGCGCCGGAAAGAAUCGUUCGAAGGAAAAAGAGCAAACACAAGAUAUCGUACAACGUGUAUUCCUGUACACGUCAUUAUAGAAAGGCGAAUCCCGGUCAACCAUUGUACAGCCUGGUAGUGAUAAGAAAAGAAGACUCGAUCCUACAACCUGUUGAGUUGAAUCGCCUGCAGCAAGACGCGAAAGGUUCUCAGAUAAUAUUAGCACAUGUGUCAAUGUCGAUAUCGUAUAUUCAGCCAGGUAUUAUAACGAUGCCAAACAUAAUUUAAACUUUUCAUUCAAACACAUUGCUUAAAAUAAUUUUAAAGUCAGUAACGUUUAUAUAUAUGUAUGUCAAAGAUUAUCCUGUAAGAACCAUGAAUUUUUUGUUAUCUUAUUAAUAAACUUUUAUAUACUUAUAAAAGA